AGAGAAUACGAGAUCCGCCUAGCGAGAAAUAGUAGACAAAAAGGAUAGAGGAGGUAACUAUGACGAUUUCCGUAGUAACGCACAACAGUACGUACACAGCUGACGCCGAAUAUAAUGUAAACAAUGAAACCCAUGUGAUAUCCUCAUACGGCGUUCUGUGCUCACUGAGAAACCAUUCAUUCGCGGAAGGUAGUUGCGAUUUAGUUUUGAGAUUUUAGUCGCUAACCAAUAGUGUCCAAGUCUAUAUUUUCAAUACAUUCGCAGAACAGCAAACGAUUCCAUCAUGGAUGCUGGUGCAACUCUCCUUUCCAAGUCCUAUUCCCCGACGGUUCCAGUCUUUCCAACACGGACCACAGUCGGAACCAAGACAGACCAUGCCCUGUCAAAAGAACUUGCCAAAAUGAGUGGCCUAGGAGAAACUGGAGUCUAUGGUGUUCCUACCGGUGCACCUGCUGCACAGGGUUUCCGCUCUGGCAAGCACACCACUCAAGAAUGGCAUGAAUCUAACUACAACAAAUACCUCCAGAGUUUCACAGACCGCGAUAAUGCCGAGAGACUAUGUCACGAGUCUAAACAGCUUUCCAACGAGACCCAUGCACUUACCAUGCGUACGCAAUCUGAUGUCACAAAGAAGCUAGGGGAUAGGAUGAACGACAUCCACUUUUGGAAGUGUGAGCUCAAUCGUGAAAUUGAGGAAAUGAUUCAGGAGACAGACCUUCUAUGUGCACAGAAGAAGCGGUUAGAGAAUGCCUUGGAUGCAACAGAAGUGCCUCUGAAUAUUGCAAGGGAUAAUCUUACCUGUAGGGCAAGGAGACAGGACAUUGAUCUUGUUGGAGACAGGGUAGAAAUGGCCCUAAAUAAGGAGGUAGAUAUCAUCACUAAGGUUCAAGAUCUACUGAAGAGGACAAUAGAACAGUCUGAUAGGCAAAUCAAGCUCAAUCGUGGUUCAAAGCACAAAUUGACCAUGGACUGGUCAGAUAAAGUCUCUGCCUUCAAAAUUGAUGAGAAAUGCACUGGACUGAACAACAAUUCAACUGAGAUCCAGUACAAGGAAGGAUCAGCUAAAUUUGAAGCAGUUCAAACAGACCCACAAUCCUGGGCAGAGUUCUCACAUGAUAACAUUGUCCGUGCCGAGCAUGAACGUCUAGCCUCUCAGCAACUCCGUAACCUGAUCGACCAGAUCCUCACAGAUACAUCCAACGACAUGAGGGAACAAUGUAACACUGUCAACACUGAGUUCGCACGCCGCAUUGAAGAAAUGAACGAUGCCAAGACCAAGAUGGAGAAUCACUUGCUGAAGACUGUUGAAGACAUUGCCGGCAUGGAGAAGAACAUCAAGGAUCUGACACAGGCCAUUAAGGACAAAGAGGCCCCAAUGAAGGUAGCCCAAACAAGACUGGACCACAGAACAUAUAGGCCAAAUGUGGAACUCUGCAGGGACCCAGCCCAGUACAGGAUGGUUCAAGAAGUUGGCGAGAUCCAGGACUCGAUUGACAAGCUUCGACAGAAGCUGGCUGAAUCCAAGGCCUCACUGAAUGACCUGAUGGACACCCGCAUGGCCCUAGAAAAGGAGAUUGCCCUCAAGAAGAACAGCAUCUUUGUCGAUCGCGACAAGUGCCUCAAAUUCCGCACCCGCUACCCAUCCACCUCCAAGCUUGUGGGAUAUCAGUAAAUGUCACUGGUCCGUCAUAUAUUAUAAUAAAACAGACAUUACAAAUGUGAGCAUGUUCAGUAGUAGGAAGGAAACCAAAACGUCUUUGUUUAGGUAUUUUUGCAAUGUAAGCUUUGAUAUCUCAAUUUAUUGGUCAUAGCUUAUACUGCAAAUUAGCUAAAGGCUGAUAGUGAACUAUUCACUGUUUUGGAAUACAGAUCUUUGAAGCGAUACUCUACCAUUUGCUCACUUUUGUAGUUGUUGAAUAUCAGCAAGCAUGUAGAUCUAUUCAUUUGCAUGUAUAUAUGUACUAUCUGAAACAGUAUUGCCGUACAAGCAUAAAAGCAGAAAUGAAGAAUCAAUAAACAAAGCUGCACAGAAAUUUGGAUUGGUCCCUUGAAAAAAAUACUCAUUUUGGACGUUGGAAUGUGCAUAUUUAUCUUAAACUAUGCCUCCAGAGAUUCUGGAGUUAACUCUUUGAGAUCAACAUUAUAAUGGGGAAGAUUUUGUACUCGUAGAAUGGGAUAUAUUUGUUCAUAUUCAUCAUAUCAAAAGCAAUUCAGAUAUGUGCAUGUUCUUUUUGUGUGUGUAUUGCUUGGUAGCAUCAAGAAAUCUUGUACCAAUGGUACGUUAUAUUGCUUAUUUAUGACAUGAUAAAUAUUUAUCAUUCCAACUUUUACUUAGGAAAUAACAUACAUCCGUCCUUUUGAUGCACAUUAUUUAUCUCGUCUUUGCAUCAUGAUCAUCACUAUAUAUUUUCUAAUUUCAUCAUGACAGCACAUUCUAGUGAACUUAGCUGCAAUUUCUUACUUGCAAUAACUUUAGGUAUAUACAUUAGCUUAAUGUUCCCCUCUCUAUUCUAUUUUUGAAGACCCUUUUCUAUUGUGCCAUGUAUUAUAGUAUGUGUAUAUAUAUGAGAUUUCAUCAAAUUAAAUGGAUGAAUUGUUUCUGCAUGAAAUUUAAAUGGUUAUCAUGCUUUCUAUGUGAGUGAUCAGAAUAUGUAAUAAAAAUAAAGUUGAAAAAAAAAUAUAAUGAAACAAAGUUACUUGUUAGUUUUCAUUUUCAUGUGAAAUUCGGAUAUAUAGCAAGAAAGAUGGUGGAGUAAGAUACAACUUAUUUGGUUUAAAUUUCCAUUCAUAAAUGAUGUGCUCAAUGUGAACAUUUGAUUUCAGGAGUCAGAGUGUAAAUUGCAAUUACUUCAUGUGCUGUCUCUGUCUGUUGGUAAGUGAAUUAAAAACUGUCCAACCCCAAACACAGCAUAAUGAUGAAAUUCACACUCGAUCCAGGAGACAUUGAUGUUUAACAUGUGAAUGGUAUUGGUGCAGGAAUGUAGUCGAGGCUGGAGAAAAUCUCCCAUAGAACAUGUGACUCGAGGCCAAGGCCGGCAAAAUUUUGUUACAAGGUCAGUCUUGACUACAUCCCUGGCAUAGUGAUAGUCCAUUUUCCAAAAUCACUUCAUUAUACUCCAUUAAUUUAACUAGUUUAUUAUCUAGGAAAAAUUGUCUUUUGGUUUAGAGGUAGAAAGGGGGACAGGGAGAGAGAGAGCAACCAAGGAAGAUGAACAGAUUGAAUCAGUACACACACCAUAGUCUGGCAUAGGAAAUGAGUGCAAAAGUUAACAUUUUGCCCAAGGUGAUUCAAUAUUCCGACCAGAUAAUCCCCAGUUAAAUUUCUCCAAAGUCAAAAAGAAUUAUGUGGUCCUAAGACAUAGGCACACCCGUAGUGUAUGUUCCAAGUGAUCUACCUUGUAUCUCUUGUCCUCAUUUCUCAUCCAUCUCCAACUUAAAAAAAAUAAUAAUCCUCCACAUCUAUGUAAUUCUAGUUCUUUCUCUCUCUCUCUGUCCAUCUACCUUCACAUCAUUAUCCUACCUUCUCUCUCUCUCCCAAUUUCUACCUACCUACUCCCUCACUUUUGUUUCUCUUCCUUUUCAUUUCCUUUCAUCAAGUCUCUCCCAACAAGCUCACAAAGACCCCAAAAAUGGCAUGGAAAUUAUCUGAAAACAUGUCAUUUCAUUACCCAAUUACAGUUUCGUCUUCUACCAACUGGUUCAAUUAAAAGACGAUAUUGUCAUUGGUUUUAACAAGUACAGAUUUUGAGUUAAUGAUAACGUCACUGAAAUGAAAAAAUAAAUGCGAUGUCACUUAAGUCAAACUGGGAUUACACAACGAGACACCAUAGCCCGAAUUCUUAAUGGCAGUUUUAACCCAUUGCCUACUUGAUCCACGUGGUCCCUUUUCAGAGCCUAUGGGAAUCACAAAAUUCAGUUUUAAGAAGAUUAAUCCAUGGUUUUAAAUACUGGAUUACACAUCUUUGUCACAUAUAUUCACUUGUGUUGCUAUCAUUUGAGCAUUAUGAGCCAACGGUUUUAAAUUCAUGAAUUAACCAAUUAGAUUUGCAUUAAUACUAUCAAUUCAAGAGGGGACUCUCAUGAUAGCAAUAGGUGUGAAUUAAAAACCCUGUAAAAAGGCAUGCAUUCAUCAUUGGAGCUGUCCUCGAUUUUGUGGAAAAUGAAGCGUAACCUGAUAUUAUCAAUACAUGAACUCUGCAUAAACUAUGGUCUCAACACAACCAACUUUGUAAAUCUGGGCCCAUAAAUCUCUCAACAGAUCUAGUCAAGCAUAGCUGCCAAUCUAUAGAUAUUGCAUUUUCUUUCUAUAUAUAAAAAAAAAGCUUUGAAUAUUCUUCAUAUCAUCACAGUUCAUGUCUAGAGAAUUACCAAUGGUUCACUGAUAAAAAUUAAAAACAAACGCCAGAUCAAUAAUGAUUUUUACAGAUUUUAAUAAUUGCUGCAACAAACCUUCACUGGUUGGUUUCAUAUAAUACAGUAUCAAACCCUUCUCACAUAAGGGUGAAAAAGAAAAAAAACAUUUGACAAACAAUCCUCAAUCCUUGAUCACUGAAACCUCCAUUUAAAUCCAUUCAAACAUUUAUUUUGCAUAAAUCAAGGGAAUUCCAUUUCAGUUUAAUCACUUGUACUUUAAGCGUAGAAUCCCAUUUGAAGAUGGACAGCUAUGACUAAUUACCCCUUGCCUAUGGCUAAAACAGUGCUACAGCUAAUAAAAGUGGAGGGAAGGCAGUAAAAUCUGAUUCUUGUGAGGAAGGUUGAGGAAGGUUUUCAGUCAAUGUUUUUUUUUAUAAAUUGCUCUACACAAAAGUAACAUAUAAGCAUUGUGAGUGGUACAACAAUUAUUCAUAUAGAUGAGUUGACCAAAAUGAUUCAGCACAUUUCAUUUGUCUGGCUAUCUCACACAAAAUUACAUCUAUGUUGUCUUUUCCCCAAUUAAGCAAAACAGAUUUUCAUCCAUUUUUCAUUCUAGAUGCAUACUUCCCAGCAAUCUUAGUUGAUGAAAUAAAGAUCCAGCUGCAUGAGACCUCAGAAAAACACCCCCC